UUCCGAUAAUGAAUAUACCGAUAUUUAAACCUGUGACACACGUCAUUUUUGGUUUGGAUGGAACGCUAUUAGAUACGGAGAGGAUUCAUAGAAAAAUGUUUACAAGAAUCGCCAAUGGUUAUGGUAAAGUAUUUCCCGAUGAUUUGAGUUUAAAAAUUCUUGGAAAACAAGAAAUGGAUAUUGCUAAUUAUAUAAUCAACACAUUGCAACUUAAUUUGACACACGAAGAAUUAAUACAAAAAGUUCGCGACGAGGAAGAAAAAACACUAAAAAACGCAAAACUCAUGUAUGGAGUUGAAGACCUUUUGGAGCAUUUCCAUCAACAGAAAAUUCCUAUGGCGGUGGCAACAAGUUGCUCAGAGGAUAGUUACCGAUUGAAAACUGAUCACUUGAAAGAUAUAUUUUCAGUAUUCCAUCACGUAGUCACAGGUUCUUCUGACCCAGAAGUAAAAAACGGCAAGCCAGCACCAGACAUAUUUAAAGUAUGUGCUUCCAGAUUUCCGGGGAAUCCUAUGAACAGUGAGUUUCUGGUGUUUGAUAACUCACCAAAUGGAGUGACUGCGGCUUCAGCGGCUGGUAUGCAAGUGAUCAUGAUACCUGAUCCUAUAUUGUCAGUAUGGCAUAACAUGUCGAGCGCCAACGCUACGUAUGUAUUGAACUCCUUGGAAGAUUUUCGUCCGGAAAUGUUUUCAUUACCACCAUAUUCCACUAGUUCAGACUUUUGUUAGGUUUAAGUAUUUAUC